UUUUUAAGGUUUGCAAAAACGACUACCUUAUCAUUGAUUUAAAAAAUGAAGCCGAAGGUCUUGAAGCGAGUAUACAUUGGCACGGUAUCUUUCAAAAUGGAUAUCAAUAUUAUGAUGGUGUACCAUACUUGACGCAAUGUCCAAUUUUAUCAGCUAAUACAUUCAGGAUGGGGAGACAGACAAAGCUCAAUGAUGUUAAGCAGCUCUUCAAUGCAACAUUUCGGAAUGAAAAUACAAGUAUCCCAAAAUCUACGAUUCACAAAACUAUCAGACGUUUCGAAAAAAUUGGUGAUGUUAAAAAUUCAAAAACAGGGAGACUAGCAACAGCAACAAAUCCCGAAAAGUCAUUGGAUGUUUUGCAAUCUUUUGUGGAGAAUUCACAUAUUUCCACUCGCAGAACAGCUCAAGAACAUCAAAUAGAUCAGAAGUCGGUGUGUAAAAUAUUAAAACAGAAUAAAUUUCGUCCAUAUAAAAUUCAUCUAGUGCAAGAGCUAAAUGAAGACGAUUUUGAUCGACGUCUAGAGUUUUAUGAAUGA